AAGCGCUUGUGAAGGACAUGCAGAGCCCGGAGACGGGGGUCCGAAUGCAGAGCCAGAGAGUCCUGGUCACCAGCGUUCCUCACGCCAUGACAGGGGGCGAUGUUCUGAACUGGAUCAGUGAGCAUCUCUGGAUCUCCAGCGUGGAGGCACAGAACCUGGGCAACUUUAUUGUCAAGUACGGCUACAUUUACCCACUGCAAGACCCCAAGAAUCUGGUUCUCAAGCCUGAUGGCAGUCUCUACCGAUUUCAGACGCCGUAUUUCUGGCCCACCCAGCAGUGGCCAGCUGAAGACACAGAUUAUGCCAUCUAUCUGGCCAAGCGGAACAUCAAGAAGAAAGGGGUUUUGGAAGAGUAUGAAAAGGAAAAUUACAGUUUCUUGAACCAAAAAAUAAACUACAAGUGGGAUUUUGUCAUUAUGCAGGCCAAAGAGCAGUACAGGGCUGGAAAGGAGAGGAACAAAGCAGACAGGUACGCCCUGGACUGUCAGGAGAAGGCAUACUGGCUGGUGCACCGAUGCCCUCCAGGAGUGGACAAUGUGCUGGACUAUGGCCUGGACCGUGUGACCAACCCGAAUGAAGUUCAGAAACAAACAAUCACUGCUGUCAAAAAAGAGAUCAUGUAUUACCAACAGGCCUUAAUGAGGUCCACAGUGAAAUCUUCGGUGUCUCUUGGAGGGAUCGUCAAGUACAGCGAGCAGUUCUUAUCCAACGACGCCAUCAUGUCGGGCUGCCUCCCCAGCAAUCCCUGGAUAACGGAUGACACCCAGUUCUGGGAUCUAAACGCCAAGCUGGUGGAAAUCCCAACCAAGAUGCGGGUGGAACGGUGGGCCUUCAACUUCAGCGAGCUGAUCCGAGACCCCAAGGGCCGACAGAGUUUCCAGUACUUUCUCAAGAAAGAAUUCAGCGGGGAGAACCUGGGAUUCUGGGAGGCCUGCGAGGACCUGAAGUAUGGGGAUCAGUCCAAGGUCAAGGAGAAGGCUGAAGAGAUCUACAAGCUCUUCCUGGCCCCUGGGGCCCGGCGCUGGAUCAACAUCGAUGGCAAGACCAUGGACAUCACUGUGAAGGGGCUGCGGCACCCCCACCGCUACGUGCUGGACGCUGCGCAGACCCACAUCUACAUGCUCAUGAAGAAGGAUUCUUACGCCCGCUACCUAAAAUCCCCCAUCUAUAAGGAAAUGCUGGCCAAAGCCAUCGAGCCUCAGGAGACCACCAAGAGGAGCUCCACCCUCCCUUUCAUGCGGCGUCACCUGCGCUCCAGCCCAAGCCCCGUCAUCCUGCGGCAGCUGGAAGAAGAAGCCAAGGCUCGAGAGGCAGCCAACACGGUGGACAUCACCCAGCUUUUUCCAGAUCAAAAUGGACGUACCUACAGGGAGCGGAACCUGCCUGAUAGACUCAGAGGAUGUCAGGGCGGCAGAGUCCAGUGACCGGGCCGCAGAGAAGGAGGUCGUCUGCCCCUGGGAGAGCCUGGCCGAGGGCAAGGCAGGCUGAGUGGGGGCCAUGGGCCAGGAAGAUGCUCGUGGCAGAUGCCAUGGGAGGGAGCUCACGAACCCAAGUGCAUUGGGGUGACACCUGGGGGCUGGAGAGACACGAUGGGGUGAUCGUGGUCAAGAAGGCUCUGGUCCGUCCCCGGUGGCCAAGACCUUCUCUUCCUCCUGACCUUCCCUCCCCUGGACAGAAGAAAGGCAUGUGGACCGGAAAACUUUCCUUGCUGCCUUAAAACCAAUAAAAGGUUCCCUUUAAGAGUU